ACGCCGCUCAUGGGAACAUCACGACUCUCGGAGAUGCCAGCUGCUUCCCGGUAACCCUCUUCCACCCUGCGACGUUCAAACUUCGUACUCUGCAACAUGGACGCGCAGACAGCUUGGGAGGUCGAGAACGCCGUCAAACUCGUGGAUCCGAGUCGCGAUGCCCUCUACGCGCUGGACGUAGCCGCCAACAAGAAGCUUGUGUCAGAGAGACCAUGGAAAGCCGACCCAAACUACUUCAAAUAUGUGCGAGUGUCGGCGGUGGCGAUGGUCAAGAUGGUGAUGCACGCUCGAUCCGGCGGCGACAUUGAGGUGAUGGGGUUGAUGCUGGGCUAUAUCGAACACGAAACAUUCAUCGUCACAGACGCGCUGCGACUGCCGGUAGAGGGGACAGAAACAAGAGUGAAUGCGCAGUCGGAAGCAGAUGAGUACAUGGUGAAGUUUCUCGAGCGAUCAAGGCAAGCCGGUCAGCUCGAGAAUGCGGUGGGAUGGUAUCACAGUCAUCCAGGCUACGGGUGCUGGCUGUCCGGGAUCGACGUGUCGACGCAACACAACCAACAAAGCUACUCCGACCCCUUCCUCGCAAUCGUCAUUGACCCGCACCGCACCAUCAGCGCGGGCAAAGUCGAGAUCGGGGCAUUCAGAACAUACCCGGAAGGCUACAAGCCGGAAGGACAGGACGCAUCGGCAGAGGGCAUGGCAGCUGUGCCCAUGGCCAAAGCGGCGGACUUUGGCGCCCACGCAAACCGAUACUAUCCCCUCGAAAUCUCCCACUACAAGUCUACCCUCGACAGUAAGUUGCUGGAGGCGCUGUGGAACAAGUACUGGGUGCAGACGCUCUCAUCGUCGCCGCUGUUUACCAACCGAGACUACGUUACAUCGCAGAUCCAAGAUCUAGCGGGCAAGACGAAACAGGUCCACGACUCAAUCAAACAGCGCUCUAGCAUGGGUCCGAUAGGACCACGUGGCAAGGGCAAGGGUGGCGACGAGCAAAUGAACAAGGUCGUCAAGAGCGCGGAGAAGAUUGCGAAUGAGGAGAAGAUGGGCCUGAUGGCGGCGAUGGUGAAGGAGCAGGUAUUCGCCAGCGCUGCGUCGGAAGCCGCGGAGACGGCGAGCGGUUUCGAGACCAACGGAGCAGACACGCAGAUGGCAGAUGCCAAAGCCCCAUGAAGGAGGAGGACGAACGGGCAAGGGUCGAAGAAAAGAGAAAGCUCUAUAGAUAUCAGACACGACAUGCCUUGCGACGAGCGAGCCUCAUUUUGCAUCGUCUGCCGUAUGAAAUGACCACGAAUGUUAUGCAUGUCUGAAGCAUUGCAGCGUCUAUUCUCUCAAUCGAUAUUGCCUC